CUCGCAGCUUUCAUUUUCGAUACGAUCUCGAUACGAGCCGCGAACCGGUUCAGCCUUAGCGGUUACGUACGCUUACUUAAUCCCAGGCAGCUUUCAUGUAAUCGCCAUCCUGUCAGCAUGAGAUUGGGCCUGGAUUUCGUCAUGCUGGCAUUGCUGCUUCGUCAGGUGUUGGCCACCAUACGACACUCUCGUGAAAUCAUUAUAACAGAUGCGGUGCGUCGCAUUCAGCACGAUGGCUACAACGUGGAGCAGCACACGGUGAUAACUAAGGAUGGCUAUGUGCUCACCCUGCAUCGCAUUCCCCAAGUACAGCUGCAUGAGAAUGGAACUCUGGGCACUGUGCUGCGACGACCUGUUGUCUUUCUACUUUCCGGUCUCUAUGCCUCAUCGGAUGUCUGGCUGCUUAAUGGACGGGAGGAUUCGCUGGCCUAUCUGUUGUGGCGGGCGGGGUAUGAUGUGUGGCUGGGCAACAAUCGGGGCAACAUCUACUGUCGCCACAAUCUCUGGCUAAAUACCACGGAGCGGGAGUUCUGGAACUUUAGCUGGCAUGAGAUGAGCGUUUAUGAUAUGCCUGCCCAGAUUGAUUAUGUGCUGAGGACGAGCGGCGUGGCGCGAAUGCAUUUUGUGGGCAUCUCUCAGGGCGGCACCGUCUUCCUGGUGCUCAACUCGAUGCUGCCACAGUACAAUGCGGUCUUUAAGACCGCCACCUUGUUGGCGCCAGUUGCCUAUGUGAGCAACACCCAAAGUGGAUUGGCCAAAAUCAUUGGACCCGUUUUGGGCACACGCAACUAUGUGUCCAAGAUGCUGGAGGGCAUUGAGAUGUUUUCCACCAACAAGUUCUUCAAGAAGUUUCUGUCGAUGACCUGCCUGGACAACGAGAAGCCCUUGGUCUGCAUUACCCGCCUCUGGCCAGCUGUGGGCUAUGAUACACGUUUCCUCAACAAAACACUGCUUCCGGAUCUGAUGGCCAACUUUCCGGCAGGUGGUUCCGUCAAGCAGCUGAUGCACUACUUCCAGGGUUACGUCUCCACUAAGUUCCGGCAGUACGACUACGGCCCGGAACGCAACUGGCUGCACUAUCAGCAAUUGGAGCCGCCGGAGUAUGCUCUCGAAAAUGUGAGCACUCCCAUUACGAUAUUCUUUGCGGAGAACGAUUACAUUGUCGCUCCCGCGGAUAUCUGGCGACUGGUGAGUCGAUUACGCAACGUGGAAGCCGUCUACAAGGUUCCAUGGAAGCGUUGGAAUCACUUUGACUUCAUUUGCGGCUUAGGCGUACGUGAAUAUAUCUUCGAUAACAUUGUACUCUCAAUGAAUCGAUAUGAACAGAGGCGUCGACGCUGACGGGGGAUUACAAUAAUGCCAGGGAGCUAGAAUUCACAACUUCUACUAGUGCCAAAAACUUAGUUAUACCAUUAUAUCAUAAUGAGUCCAAGGUUGGUCGACUUUGGACUUACGUACUGAUUAAUAAAUAUUUAUUUAUAGUUUCGAUUGGA